AUGUCGUCGUUCACCAACAGUCUAACAGGCCGCGAGCGGUCAAGAUGGCCCCCUCUUACCCGAAUGCUCAUGUCCGGUGAGAUGUCGGAAGAGAAGGGCAGGGAGCUCACCAGGAAAGAGAGAUUCGACGUGUGGAUGGUCAACGAAGGUUACAGAAGAUUCUUCGUCUUUACAUUCGCUAUACUACACGUCAUGGUCUUCGUUUUCGGUAUGAUGAACUAUGGACUAAAGGACAACUCCAUCGGCACAAGAGCCAGAUUUGGUAUUACUUUUGCCAUUGCUCGUUCCGCUGCGCUCGUACUACACGUUGACGUAGCUUUCAUCCUCUUCCCAGUAUGCAGGAACUUAAUUUCCAUGGCUCGCCGUACGCCGUUGAACGACAUCAUUCCUUUCGACAAGAACAUCACUUUUCACAAACUCGUCGCCUGGUCCAUUGUAUUCUUUUCCUGGGUGCACACCAUUGCCCAUUGGAACAACCUCGCUAGGUUCUCUGCAGGCAACGAACUUGGAUUCAUGGGCUUCAUUCUCGCCAACCUUGCUACCGGACCCGGCUGGAGUGGUUAUGUCAUGUUGAUCGCGCUCAUGGCCAUCGCAUUGACCGCAGCGGAAAAGGCUCGUCGUGCAAACUUUGAGCGUUUCUGGUACAUGCACCAUCUCUUCAUCAUCUUCUUCGUCUUCUGGUCCAUCCACGGAGCUUUCUGCAUGAUUCAGCCCGACUUUGCCCCCUUCUGCGACGGUAUCGGUGUCUUCUGGGAGUACUGGAUGUACGGUGGAUUUGCGUACUUGGCUGAGCGUAUCGCCCGUGAAGUCCGGGGAAAGCACAAGACGUACAUCUCCAAGGUCAUUCAGCACCCUAGCAACGUUUGCGAGGUUCAAAUCAAGAAGGAGCACACCACGACCCGUGCUGGACAGUACAUUUUCCUGUGCUGCCCCGAAAUCUCCAUCUGGCAAUACCACCCCUUCACCCUUACCAGCGCACCCGAGGAAGACUACAUCUCUGUUCAUAUCCGUAUGGUCGGUAACUUCACCAGAGCCUUUGGCAAAGCCCUCGGCUGCAGCACGGAGAAGAAGCCUGAGAAGAACGAAAAGGGCGAAUCGAGCGAGGAAAUUGCCCUGCGCCAAAUCCUUCCCCGAGUUUACAUUGACGGUCCCUUUGGUUCCGCUUCCGAGGAUGUGUUCAAGUUUGAGGUUGCCGUUCUCUGUGGUGCCGGUAUUGGUGUCACUCCUUUCGCCUCCAUUCUCAAGAGUAUUUGGUACCGCAUGAACUACCCCCAGGGACGCACGAGGCUGAGAAAGGUGUACUUCUUCUGGAUUUGCAGAGAUUUUGGUUCCUUCGAGUGGUUCAGAUCGCUGCUCCUGGCUAUUGAGGCACAGGAUGUUGACGACCACAUCGAGAUCCAUACCUACCUCACAGCAAAGAUCAAGGCCGAUGAUGCAACCAACAUUAUGAUCAACGACGCAAACGCCGAACAAGACGCCAUUACCGGUCUCCGCGCACCCACAAACUUCGGUCGUCCCAACUGGGAUAUGAUCUUCAAGUCAAUUCGCAAGAUUCACUCACCUGCCGAAGCCGGUGUCUUCUUCUGUGGCCCUAAAGGUCUUGGAUCCGCACUCCACAUCAAGUGCAACAUGUACUCUGAGCCUGGCUUCAGUUUCGUAUGGGGUAAGGAGAACUUCUAG